UACAUAUACAUAACAUAUUAACACAUGCUCAACCACAUACAUGCACCAUUCACUUUCUCACUCCCUUUCUCCCCUAUAUAUAUACUCUUUCAUUUGCUUCUUUUCCCAAUUCCCCAGUUUCAAAUUUUUCACUAGCAAAACCUAAAUGGGAGAGAAAACGGAGCAGGCGAAGAACAAUGAGAACGCCGUCGUUUUGAAACUCGACUUGCAUUGUGAAGGAUGCGUUAAGAAAAUCAAACGAGCCCUUCGCAAUUUUAACGGCGUGGAAGAUGUGAAGGCCGAUUUAUCCGGUAACAAACUAACGGUCAUCGGAAAAGUGGACCCUACCAAGGUGCGGGAUAAACUAGCGGAGAAAACUAACAAAAACGUUGAGCUUGUUUCUUCUCCGCCUAAAAAAGACGCCGCCGGUGAUAAACCACCGCCGGAGAAGAAGCCGGAGGAGAAACCGAAAACUGACGAUAAAAAGCCGGAAGAAGAAAAAACGAAACCCGAUGAGAAAAAGGCGGAAGAGAAAACCAAAACCCCUAAACAGAGCACGGUGGUGAUGAAGAUCAGGUUGCACUGUGACGGUUGCAUUCACAAAAUUGAGAAGAUUGUCCUUAAGGCAAAAGGAGUUGAGUCGGUGAAUAUUGAGGGAGGAGGGAAGGAUUUGGUGACGGUGAAGGGAACGGUGGAGGCGAAUGAGUUGGUGCCGUAUUUGAGGGAGAAGCUGAAACGGAACGUGGAGGUGGUGGUGGUUCCGCCGAAGAAAGACGAUGAAAAGAAAGAGAACAAACAAGGUGGCGGUGGUGGUGAGAAGAAAGAGGGUGGUGGCGAUAAGAAAGAGGUUGAAAGCGGAACAACGAAGGUGGAGGUGAACAAAAUGGAGCACUACGGGUAUGGGUAUGCACAGCAACCUCCGAUGUACUGGCACGGCGGGUAUGCGCCGGGUGAGAGUAGCGGUGGCGGCGGCGGUGGUGGUUAUGCGGUGGAGGGUCAAGGUGGGUAUUGGAAUGAUGGAGGGUAUAAUGGUAAUAGCAACUACUACCAGCAUGGGUAUGUGAACCAGCAACAACAAGGAGGAGGGUAUAUGGUGGAGCAACCCCCACCGUACUAUUUGCACCAGCAGCAUCCUCUUCCUCCACAGAUGUUUAGUGAUGAGAAUCCCAAUGCAUGUUCCGUGAUGUGAGCCUGAACCUUUUGAGUAUUUUUACGUUAAUUAGUUAAUUAAUUGAGGUUUAUUUUGAUGAUGUAUAAUACAGGAAGGAUUAAAGAAGGUUGUAAAUAACAAUUGUUGAUUGUUAAUUCAAUUCAGCAAGGGGAAGAGAGUUUUAUUUUACAUUAUUAAACUUGAAUUAGUAGAAUAGGAUUAGAACAAGUUAACGAGGUAGAACUUUGUUAUGACCUCAUGGGUUAGUGACGUAGAGGACGGUACGGCCGGCUGAUGAGAAUUGGUUUAUAUAUAUAAUUUGAGAAAACAAAAUGGAUUAGCUGUUUUUUGUGUU